AACAUGGACCAUUAUGUUUUUUGCUGGAAGCACAGAGAAAAAUGUGGGGUUCUAUUGUAUUUGUGGUUCUUUGGUUGAAUUCUGUGAGCAAUGCAGCUGUAGCUCGUUGGAGUCCUCGAGCUCUAUCAGAGGAACAACCUCAAACCCCACAGUUUUCUGGGCUGCCAUCUGGGUCUCUGGUUCCCCAGCUUUCUGGGCCACUUCUUUUUCAGCCAUCUUGGCAACUUCCCUCUCAACCUUCUGGGCCUCUGGCUCCCCAGCCUUCCGGGCCACUUUUUUCCCAGCCUUCCGGGCCACUUUUUUCCCAGCCUUCCGGGCCACUUUUUUCCCAGCCUUCCGGGCCACUUUUUUCCCAGCCUUCCGGGCCACUUUUUUCCCAGCCUUCCGGGCCACUUUUUUCCCAGCCUUCCGGGCUGUUACCACCAGGGUCUGAUCCUCAGGUACAGGUAACUACUGCUGAUAAAUGUAAUCUGGAUGAUUCUGACAAGAUUCCCUGUGGUGAACCAGGCUUGGAUGCUUCCCACUGUGGUGCUAUAAACUGCUGCUUUGAUGGGCAGCAGUGCUACUAUGGUAAAACAGUGACUGUCCAGUGCACAGUCGAUGGGCAGUUUGUUUUGGUGGUGGCCCGGAAUACAACACUUCCUAGGAUCAGCUUGGAUUCCAUCAGCCUGUUGGGAGGAAGUGAUGGGCCCUGUGCUGUUGUGGACUAUAAUGCUGACUUUGCUAUAUACCAGUUUCCUGUAACUGCUUGUGGAACAAACGCAAUGGUGUUUAGUGACUAUGUGGUCUAUGAGAACAAAAUGGUGUCUUCCUAUGAAGUUGGUGUGGGACCCCUUGGUUCCAUCACAAGAGACAGCCACUACGAGUGAGUUAGAUUCAUGGAUUCUGAAGAUUUGUUUUGCAAGUUGUGAGCUUUUAUUAAUCUCUUAAAUCCUUUUGCCAGGCUUUACUUCCAGUGUAGAUAUUCUGCUACAAGUGUCGAGUCCCUGGCUGUUGCACUUUCUUCCAAUGAUCCUCCUCUACCUUUAAUGGCUUCUGGCCCGCUCAGGGUAGAGCUGAGGCUUGGCAAUGGUCAGUGUGUGACAAAGGGCUGUGUGGAAGGUGAGCUACUUCAGUAUUGCACUUAUGAUUGUGACUUUAUCUGUGGCCUUUUUUUUGGUAACAAAUUCCCCUGGUUCUCCACAGAGCAAGUAGCGUAUACUUCCUACUAUGCUGAAAAUGACUACCCUGUGACCAAGGUCCUGAGGGAGCCUGUAUACGUUGAGGUGCGCAUGUUGGGGCGAACUGAUCCCAAUCUGGUCCUGGUCUUGGGACACUGUUGGGCAACCUCUACACCUGACCGGGACAGUGUACCUCAGUGGGAUCUUCUGGUGAAUGGGUAAGUUGGCUGCAUGUCUAUCACUAAGGUCCCUUGCUUUAGUACUUGCGAGCAUUGACCUGAUUCCUUUUGAAAGGUGCCCGAACAAGGAUGAUCGCUACCUGACCACCCUGGUUCCAGUUGAUGGGUCAUCUGGACUUCAGUACCCCAGCCAUUACAAGCGCUUUGUCCUCAAGAUGUUCACAUUUGUGGAUCGUUCUAUGAACCCCUUGAAAGAGACGGUAAUUUUAUGAUAUUUUUUGGGGGGGUUCUCUAUUUCAGGAAGGAUCAAGUUUUCAAGGUUUGAUUUUUUUUUUCUCCCUUAGAUCUACAUCCACUGCAGCACAGCUGUGUGCUCUCCAACUGCAGGUGCCGCUUGUGAACAAAAGUGCGAUAGAAGGAGGAGAGAUGUUGGAUCGGUUGCCUGGAAAUCGGAGCCUGAAUCAGUUGUGUCUAGUGGAGAAGUGAUUUACACACAAACUGCCCAGCUCCAGCAGGAUUGAUUGUGACUCUGUUCUCAAUAAAGGGGUCUUGCUUUUGAA